UCGCGUUCACAGAUUCAUCUGUUUGUAGCUGAGACUUGGCACCUGAAGAUUUUCCUCUCUUGCCAUUUGUAACAGCCCACAGCUCACUGGGCCUGGGCCUAGUGUUGAUUUCAAUAUGCUGCGACGAAAACCAACACGCCUAGAGCUCAAGCUCGAUGACAUUGAAGAGUUUGAGAGCAUUCGGAAGGACUUGGAGACCCGUAAGAAACAGAAGGAAGAUGUGGAAGCUGUAGGAGCCAGUGAUGGAGAAGGAGCUGCCGGGCUCAGUAGUGACCCCAAGAGCCGGGAACAAAUGAUCAAUGAUCGAAUUGGUUAUAAACCCCAGCUCAAGCCCAACAACCGCACAUCUCAGUUUGGAAACUUUGAAUUUUAGAGAUGGAUUCUCUCACAUGCCAGACCACUGGGAUGGAAUACAAUGAUGGUAGAAAAACAUCCAGAUUUAGAGAAUUAAGUGUGUACAACCUAGCAGAGUAUUUUCUGUCUCCUGCAGGGAGAAAUAACUUCUGCGUGAAAUGAUUGCUGUUCGACCUUUCUGAUAAGCUGGAAGCCAAAUUCUGGCUUGUUCCUGGAAAAUUGGGCUGUGGGAAGCAUACCUGAUUUUUGUUUUUAAAAAUAAAUAUAUUUUUGGAAAAAAUGUGAGACAUCUUUAAGGCAGUAGCCCCGCUAACCCCCAGCAUUGACA